AUGGAAAUCAUAAAUCCCGGUCCAUCGUCAAACCAAACUAGUGUAGCGCAGAAAAUACGCUCACGAGAUGCUGCACGUCGCUUCAAAUAUGGUUCCCCGAAGCUAGUCGAUAUGAUGCGCGAGAAAUGCCGAAUACGCAUAAAGGAAGCGCGCAGUGAUCAGUUCUUACGGAAACGAAACAUCUUGGAGGAAGAGAAAGCAUUCCUGGAGACGAUUGUUCGUGAGGAACUGUCGGAGCUGGAGCAUGACAUUGCGCUACAAGAUCUGAUCUAUUCUGAGCUGAUUCAAGAAACCGAACAGUGGUUAUUCUACGAACAGUCGGAAAACUAUCUUAUCGAUUCGUACGACAUCGAAACUGUGUUUUGCCCCAUAUGCCAACGUAAUGUUCUAAUGCACGACAAUGAUUCUCAGGUAUUAAGCUGUUCAUGCGGUAUUAAAUUUCGUUUCGAUGGAUCUAUUGAAUCGUUCAGUAAGCUUGUAUCAGUAACCAUCAACCAGCAUGCAUCUCGUUGCGGUAGCAACUUGCAGUUUUUUACUGAACCGAUUGUAGAUUCCGAAUACGCUCAACUAAAUGCAUUUUGCCUCUGCUGUGACUACUACCGCGGGUUAACAAGUUAAGAGCUCGGCGAUCUCGCAGAUGUUACAUAUU